AUGGAGCGACUCCCCGGCCCCACCGCGCCCCAGGUGGCAUUACUGGAUGACGCUGCCCGCCUCAAGGAGGAAGGGUUCCCAGAGGCCCUGUGCCCCAGGGAGGAUGGGGAGGAGGAGGAAGAAGAGGAGGAAGAGGCCAGGCAGAGGAGCCCGAGACCUGUCACCUUCACGCUGGGCAAUGAGAUGCUGGGGCUGGGCCCAAGCCCGGAGAGUGAGUUUCAGAGCCCCGACGCAGAGGUCUACAUGCACUUCCUGAGGAGCCACUGCUGCUACGAUGCCGUCCCCACCAGCUGCAAGCUCGUUGUCUUCGACAUCUCCCUGGAGAUCAAGAAAGCCUUCGUGGCACUGGUGGCCAAUGGGGUGCGUGCCGCCCCGCUCUGGGACAGCAAGACGCAGAGUUUUGUGGGGAUGCUCACCAUCACCGACUUCAUCAACAUCCUCCACCGGUACUACCGCUCGCCCCUGGUUCAGAUCUACGAGGUGGAGGAGCACAAGAUUGAAACUUGGAGAGAGGUGUACCUGCAGGGCUCCUUCAAGCCGCUGGUCUACAUCUCCCCGAGCAAUAGCCUCUUCGACGCUGUCUACUCCCUGAUCAAGCACAAGAUCCACCGCCUGCCCGUCAUCGAGCCCGUCUCGGGCAAUGUCCUGCACAUCCUGACGCACAAGCGCAUCCUCAAGUUCCUCCACAUCUUCGGCUCCACCAUCCCCAAACCGCGCUUCCUGAAGAAAACGGUGCAGGAGCUGUGCUUUGGCACCUUCCGUGAUGUGGCUGUCGUGCCCGAGACCGCCCCCAUCUACGCCGCCCUGGAGAUCUUCGUGGACCGCCGUGUCUCUGCCCUGCCUGUCAUCAACGUUGCAGGACAAGUGGUCGGCCUCUAUUCCCGGUUUGAUGUCAUUCACCUGGCAGCCCAGAAGACCUACAACAACCUGGACAUCAGCGUGCGGGAGGCGCUGCGGCAGCGCACCAUCUGCCUGGAGGGGGUCCUCACCUGCUACCCCCACGAAACCAUGGAGGACAUCAUUGACCGCAUCGCCAAGGAGCAGGUCCAUCGCCUGGUUCUGGUGGACGAGAACCGGUACCCGCGGGGCAUCGUCUCCCUCUCCGACAUCCUCCAGGCCCUUGUGCUCACUCCCGCAGGUAUCGAUGCUCUUAACUCUUAG